AUGACUCGACACCCGCAUUUACAAUUGGAAAUACCGAUCUACCACGAUUUGAGAGACUGCCCGGGAGUGCCAAAAUUGCAUUGGAGCGGCGUUGAAUCUCGUUAUUACAUAAUGGUCGUCGAUUUGCUCGAGGCUACGUUUGCCCAACUCUUCAAUUAUUGUGGAAAACAGUUCUCGCUGAAAACGACGUUGAUGAUUGGAAUUCAAAUGGUCGAACGAAUCGAGAUGCUGCACAAGAAAGGAUAUCUACACCGAGGUAUCAAACCGGAAAAUUUCAUGAUCGGAGUGAACGACUACAAAAAACGAGUAUAUAUCAUCGAUUUCGGAAUGGCUCAAAGACUCCCCGUACGCUACGCGAUGGAUCAAUCGAUGGUUGGCACGGCAAAUUUCAUCUCAGUCAACGCGCAUCUCGGAUUACAACAGACUAGGAGGGACGAUUUGGAGUCGCUCGCUUUUGUGCUCGUCUACUUUCUCAAAGGUUCACUUCCAUGGUCCGAUGUCAAAGUGACAAAGCCCGCACUCCAGUUCCAGCGCGUUUCCGUAAUCAAAAGGAAUACACCAUUUGAACGUCUGUGUGGAGACUUGCCAGAAGAAUUUCGCCUAUUUUUCGAGCAUGUACGAAGUUUGACAUUUAGUCAAGAGCCCGACUACACUUACCUGAAACGCCUUUUCUCAAAAUGCUUGGGGAGGUUUGCAUAUGCGCACGAUUACCACUACGAUUGGGAAAUCAAAAAAGAAAAGGUGGCAAUGGAAAAAGCGGCGGAAAAGAAAUUAAAUCGCGAAGAGAUGACGGAAAAUUGGAACGUCGGCAAAAUCAGCGGCCUUGACAUCGAUCAUGUGGGAUUUUCGCCGGAUAACAAAUACCUGGCUGGUGUGGCGAGAAACGAGUGCAUUGUUUGGGAUUGCACAAAUGGGCGAAGAGUGGCGACGAUUCCUCAUGAACAACAACCCGUCGGUGUCUUCUUUCCCAUCAAUGACAAGAUUGUAACAAUUACCCAUUAUGGAGAGGUCACCGAAUUUCAUUGGCAAGGCGCUGAGGCACUCGCAACAAAAACAAAAAGCAAUAAAGUCGGCAAUCAUUGGAUAAGUGCGAUCAACUACAACCCAAACACCCGCUCUUGUUAUGUUUCAUUGCAAGCCUCGAGUGAAGCUACGGAUUCACAAAUAAUUGCUGAGCUAUCUGCUAAGGAUGGUCUUUCAUUAAAAGAACUUGGACCACUUCCCGCAAAGUCAACAUCUCAAUCUUGGUCGAUUGGGGAUCAAUUCUACGUGUAUUUCGAGGAAAGAAGCGUCUAUCUUCGAUCACUGACGGACAGGAAGAAAUCAAACUAUAAAAAUCAGGCGGAAGUGGCCAAACGUUCGGCGGAGGCUCACAACUUUUGCAGUAUCACCGCGACUGGGAACAACUUUUGUGCCGCGCUUGGACAUGGACGAGUUUAUAUUUGGACAAAUGUGAUGCCUCGCUGCAACAUUCAAUCGCCGACCAAUUCCAUUCACUGGCACCAGGAUUCACCACUUCUAGCAAUGGCCAACUCGGCGGCUCUCUAUUCAUACGCUUACGAGGGUAUUCUUGUCCGUUUCUCCUCUGCACGAGCUAAACCAACGUUUUGUCGUAACGAUGGAUUGGCGAGAAGAAUUCAACUUUCUCUGGAUGGCUCACUUUUGGCGUUACUUAAAGAUGACAAUUCCCUUCAACUCGUUCAAACAUCAUCAUUUGAGGUAUACACAACUUGCCAAGGAAUCUAUCAACCAAGAAAAGGAAACAAACAAAUCUGGGUAUCCGACUACUUGCAUCAUAACAAUAUUGUAUCUAAUUUUCAACCUGGAUGGCUACAAUGGACGGAUGCAAUCACUGGAAUUGUUCAAAAAACGGCGAACAUAUCAUUGGAAAACGUCGAGAAAGGCGAAACGAAGUCAAACAUCACUUAUUAUCAAAUCGAGGACGCAUUUUUGGCAUCCUACGCGGCAUGCACGUUGGAAGCGCGAGUGAAUUGGGGAAGUUUACAAAAACGAAUUCGGAUCUGGGAUCGACGCUCGCCGAAUCUCCGCCUGCAAGAAACAUUUCGUGUUUCGGAUGAGACGGUGACGCUCGUUGGAUGCCCAUCUCCUAUUUCACAUGAUGAUAAGAUCUUCAUUGCGAUCACCUCAAAGAGUGAAUUCUUCAUUUACCGAUCGUAUAUCGAUCCAUCUGGAGUACUUGUUUGGAGCCAAGAUCGAUCACGCGAUUCUCACUGGCAGAAUGCUCAAUUCCUUGGUUGUUCGACAGUGCUCGCGGGUGGUUAUUGGGUCUCGUUGCAUACGACUAAGCUGGAGGGAGACGGCGGAUGCGCUGUUUUAUGGGAUCUGCAAACGAUGAACCCACUUGAAGUCAUACAACUCUCUUCAACUCCAUUGUAUGUCGAAUGGGCGACACCGAAUCGGUUUAUCUUUGCGACAACAAAGGAGGUGUCGGCUUUUGAUUUGCAUUCGAUGACGCUUGUGUGGACGGUUGAGGAAUAUUUACCAGUUCAUUGCUCAUUGCAAGGAUGUUAUCUUAUUGAUGGCAAUAAUGUACUCGACUUUGAUCCAAAUUUAUGCCUUGUCAAGGAAACGAUCGAAUUUCCAAUGAAGAUCAAUCGUCUGCUUUUACGCCACAUCCCUUCACUAUCCAACUCGGUUCAAUGUUUGAGCGCUAGAUCAACUGACGGAUCAUUUGUGACUGCCGUUAAGAGGAAUGAGAUGACCGAGAUUUUGCCUGGAUGGCAGAACACAAAAGCGACAAUGACGCCAUUUGCGGCUUUGUCGGCGAACGGCGAGGAUACUGUUGAGAAAGAGGCAAUGGCCUACAGGCCGGUGAAAGAGCAAAGAAUGGUUCGACCAAUACAGUUAUUCGAUGCUCCCGCACAUCUCAUCCCCUCGUUGUCCACAUUGGCGCCAAUCUUCAUCGCCAGCUGCCUCCUUCCACCAAGCAAUCAGGAGAUCAAGCCGAAAUUAGAAGAAGCCAAUUUU